AUGCAAUUCACCUCAUCCACAAAGCAUGUUAUGCUUAUAUUGACGCUUACGGUCCUUUCGAACGCUUUCCCUCUGUUUAACAAGAGGGAGAUCGUAACCAGAAUGCAUACUGCCAGUACAACAAACACUGUUACAGAUGUUUAUUCUACCACAACUGAAAUAGUCACUGCACCAACGGUGUAUUAUGUUGUUGAUGGGGAUGUCACCUCGACGUCUACCGAUAUUCACGAUGGUGUUAACCCAACUGCCGCUCCAACGACCACUGUGAUCCUAAAUCGUAAAGAUGUUAUUAACAACCCCUCAACUCAAGAUGGCGUCAGAACCACCUCGACACUAACCCCAACGACCACUUCCCUAACUACUACUUCUGAGCAACAAACGACUCCAACUGCCACGUCAACAGAACAAACGACUCCAACUGCCACGGCAACAGAACAAACAACUCCAACAACAACGAAAUCCGGUUACCUAAAUACUAGGAAAACCACAAAAACUGCCUUGAAUGAAGAUUACUUUUAUGACACACAGCCAACAGAGGGCCAUUCGCACGGCAAUACAAAUGCCAAUCAAGAUGUUUCGGUUAUGAUGACCACUUCCACUCAACAAGACAAUGCUGCGCCUACGACCACCCAGAAUACGCAACAAGAGACUACGAGUACUCAAAAUCAGCAGCAAGACACCACCACCCAAGAACAACAGCAGACUACAACCACGCAACCCCAAUCUACGCCUACUCAAAGUCCUGGUUUAUCAGGAAGCAACAGUGGUUCUGCACUAAGUUCUGUUCCUCAAUGUCUAGCCUAUUCCCCAUACAACAAUGACGGUUCAUGCAGAUCUGCCGGAGAUGUUUACUCCGAUCUAGCUAUCAUCAAGGGUAAAGGUGUAAACUCCGUUCGUAUCUAUGGGACAGACUGUAACUCUUUGCAAACAGUUCAACCGGCCUGCGCUGAAUUGGGUAUCAAAAUCAAUCAAGGUUUAUGGCUCGGUGCCGAAGGGGCUGACUCCGUGGAUCAGCCAUUAGCCGCUGUUAUCGAAUACGGUCAAGCAAAUGGUUGGGAUACGUUUGAAUACAUCACAAUCGGUAAUGAAGCGAUUAACUCUGGUUACUGUUCUGUUCAGGAUCUGAUUUCUAAAAUUGCAAGUGUUAAGAGCCAACUGCAGAGUGCAGGUUAUAGUGGACAAGUGACCACCAGUGAACCACCUGUUACUUUUGAAAACCACCCAGAAUUGUGCACCAACUCAGCUAUUGAUUUUGUUGGGAUUAACCCUCACUCUUACUUCGAUGUAAACUCGGAUGCCCAAAGCUCAGGAUCAUUUGUUAAGGGUCAAUUAAACAUUGUUCAAAACACAUGUGGUGGUAAAAAUGUUGUUAUUACAGAGACCGGUUAUCCAUCCAGAGGUAUUCAAAACGGUAACAACAUUCCCUCCCAGGAAAACCAAAUUGUUGCUGUCCAAAGUAUAUUAGAUGAACUGAACCAGCAGGUAACCAUCUUAUCAUACACUGAUGAUUACUGGAAGGCACCAGGUCCAUAUGGUAUUGAACAGUUCUUCGGGAUUGGUACUCUCCUAAAGUAA